UGGGGCGAUCAGGUUAUUGUUCCCUUAUGCCUAAGGGAAAAGGUUCUAACGCUAUUGCAUGAGGGGCACCCUGGAAUCGUUCGGAUGAAGGGACUAGCCAGAAGCUUUGUCUGGUGACCUAACAUGGAUAUAGACAUUACCAAGUGGGUGGGGAGAUGUCAGCCCUGCCAGGAGUCUAGGCCAGAUCCACCGACAGCACCGGUAUGGGAGUGGGAAAGACCCCAGGGCCCCUGGUCCAGGAUUCACAUAGACUUUGCCGGCCCAUUUCAUGGACAGACGUUUAUGGUUAUAGUGGACGCAUUCUCCAAGUGGCUAGAGAUUAAGCUCAUGAGGGCCACUACCACUGACGCGGUUAUUAAGGAACUGAGACAGUUGUUCCCCACCCACGGGUUACCAGAUGUCCUGGUUUUGGACAACGGGCCCCAAUUCACGGCCACACAAUUCGAGGGGUACCUAGCGGACCUGGGGGUCAGACACGUACUCUCUGCCCCGUUUCAUCCAGCUAGUAAUGGACAGGCUGAGAGAUUUGUAAGAACGGCCAAGGAGGCCCUCUCACGCCUAGGCCCCGGGGAUUGGCAGGAAAGAAUAGAUCAAUUUCUAAUGGCCCAACACACCACCCCUUGUACCGCCACAGGCCGAAGCCCAGUAGAGUUAUUAAUGGGAAGGAAGCUCCAAGGGCUUUUCCGGGCCAAUUCUCCCCCAAAGUCCUACCCGUCUUCUCAGGCAGACUCUGCCACGCUCUUCCCAGGUCCAGGUCUGUUUGGGGGGGAUUUUAAGCCUCAGCAGCAGCUGGGCCAUACACCCCCCAAUCCUCAGAGUAAUCGCCCGAUCUCCAGGGCAUCGCGGCUGCUGAGUCAUCUCGAAGGCCGCUGCCACCCUUCUCCUGGCGCUCCGAUCGCAAUCCUCAUUGCAGCUCUGCCAUCCAUGAGCCAAUCCCGCCAGGGGAUGGCUCAUCCGAACUGCCAGACCUUUGGCAUGCUGAACGUGGGGCCCAAGAUCGUUAAAUCGGCCUCCAACAUUCCCAAAGUCCUCCAUUCCCUCAUCGGCCUCUCCAGCAAGCCCCUUGGAGGUCCACCAUCUAGAGCAUGUGCAGGGAAAUAA